GAAGAAAAACCCACAAAGAAGUACACAACGAGUGAGGGUCUAGCUACAGAGAGAUGAAGACAACAAUGAGGUUGUAUAUGCUGGUGUGUGUUGUAAUGGUGGCCAUCUUGGCUAUGCACACAAUGGGAAGUAUGGAAGAUGAUGAGAAAGAUUGUGCUGAUCAACUAACAACCUUAGCUGCAUGCAUUCCUUACGUUAGUGGAACAGCAAAGGUACCUACAAAACAAUGUUGCGAGGAUACUCAGAAGGUUAAGGAUGCUAAGCCUAAGUGCUUAUGUGUACUCAUCAAGGAAAGUACUGACCCUUCCAUGGGACUGCCUAUUAACACAACAUUGGCCCUGAAAAUGCCAUCCGCUUGCAAUAUCGACGCCAAACCAUCUGAAUGCCCAACUUUGCUAAAACUAGCACCAGACUCUCCUGAUGCAAAGAUCUUCAAAGAUCCAAAUGCAAAAGAAGAUUCAACAAGCACGACAACUUCACCAUCGACCAGUACUACUACCCCAUCUUCAGACUCUACUCCGACUGGUUCUUCUUCUACAACUUCUGGUUCCGGGACGGAUUCUGGUACUUCAAAGACCACUACAACUAGUACAAACAAUGGAUCAAAAAUGAAGUUAUUCAACAACGGCAUCGUAUUUGGUUUGAUGUUUUUUAGUUGCGUUAUUAUGUUCUAAUAAUGUUAUUAGCUUUAA